AUGCGCACCCCGCAUCCUACGCCUCUGAACCGCUCCAUACCCUCGCACCCUUUGUCCUCUUUAUCUCCCUCUGUUCUCCUCUCGCGAUCCGCUUAUGGAUGCGCACCAUCAAGCGAUUUAUUGAUAAGGGUAGCAGAAGCACGCAACAAGGACGAUAAAGCAUAUGUGGGUCACAGGGUGAAAGGAUACUUUUGUAUCAUCUUUACGCCCAUUUACAUUCACCCUUGGUCCUUGUGGAAAACAUUUUCGGCCCAAUUACCCGAGCAACACCCUCCGAGGACGUCACGGAGACCGCAGGACUGUUCUACAAUAGAGAUCAGCCGUCUUCCGCAACGACAAUGGUUACCGAUUAGCACCAUCACCGGAGAAAAAGAUAUGCUGAACUUGAAAGGAAUCCUUUAUCAAUAAUUUAUUAUUAUCAACAUGCUGAAACAAUAUUGUGAUUUUCGAUACAAAUUUCUGUUCGUAAUUGUACCUUAUAAAAGGUAUCGUUCCAGAUAAAUACCUUGAUAAUUAGUAACAAUUUUCUAAUAUGGGAACACAAUAACGAACCAUGCUUUAUGGAGAAAUAAACUCAAUUACAAGUUCCGUUAGCUUGUUUACCGACUAAAUUUCCAGCAUAAUUCGUUAACUCAAACUGCAUUUAUGAUAACAGGUGCACUUUAACAAUUUUCUUGGUUCCUUAUAAUCUUAUUAGUCCUAUCGAUAGCUGUAACAAUUUUCCGCUUCCAUGUCCUCGUUACCCCACAUAAAUUGUCUUCGAAAUCUAAUUCUUAUUACCCAAUCGAUUACUUUUUAACUUUUUAACGCGAUGAAAGGUACAAGGCGUUGAAUUUCAAAAACGUUUGUUUAUAAAAUAGCACGAAAUCAUAUAAAA